AUGGAUCAUCAACCUCAUGAAAACACCGAAUCUCAUUCGAAUAUACCGAUACCGAUACCGAUACCGACAGACUAUCCAGGUCAAUCAGGAUCAGGUUCGGGUUCAAUUCGUGUACCGCCACCACCACCACCUAGACAACCAUCAUCGGGUGCAGGAUCAGAGCAUUAUCCACCUUUAUAUACUAGGGUACCAGUAGAUUUUCAACUUGGAAGAGAUCAUCAUCAACAACCUAAUGAAGCUGGACCAUCUACUCAUCCUCAUCAACUAGCUUCAAGCUAUUUAUCACAUCCUCAACAACUUCCUAUGGUCUAUUCUGCCAAUCCACCUGAACAUCCUACAAAUCCGUAUCAACAGAUCUAUCAUCGGACACCGCCCGAUAACAAGCGUAGGAGAGGAAGGCUGGCUACGGCUUGCGUCAAUUGCAAUCGCCGUAAACAGAGGUGCGACGGUGAAAUUCCUUGUGGUCUGUGCUUGAAGAGGAAUGUUCCAUGCUCUUAUCCUACAGAGAUGAAUACCUCUUAUAACGCAGAUGCAGAGAGGGUGAAGCAGUCUGCUACCAUGAUGGCUUCUUCGUCUUCUGCACCUACUCAUCAACCUGCCAAGAAAGCUAGGAUGAGCGUUGAAGAAGGAGAUGCGGCGAGGGUGGGCGAUCCGUCGUUCAAAGCUAGAGGCAGAGAAAGAGAUGGUUUGACCGAUGAUCAAGCUGGAAGAGCUAGGAGGAUGUCUCUUCCUUCAGAGGGUAUAGAACAUCGUCAACAUGUUGGACCAGGAUCCCAGAACCCUUCUCGAGAACCGACCUCAACGCAAUCAUCAAAUCUCUCACUACCCAUCCCUUCUCAUCCCAUCUCUUCCGAAAGGAGCAACCCCAUGAUGCACCGUCUGGACCAAAUUCCGACCCAAGAAGAUCCCGAAACUUCUCUGGGUAGGUUCUGGAGAUCCUAUACCGAUCUUAGACCUAGUACCAGUCCGCUUCCUUCUUCAACGGGGAUAGGGGUUGGAACAAGAGGUGAAAGUGGUAGUCAUGAUAAAGAUGAGACUUGCUCUUCGUCUGCAUCGGACAAAUUGAUGGAAGAGAACGAGGCCUACGGUGUUGGCAGUUUGAGGACUCACACAGGUCCUUGGGAUGGGGGAAAAGGUGAAAAAACGUUCUUCGGCACGAGUCAUUUUGGUCCACAGCUGGCUGCCAAAGUCAUCAGAAGCAUGCCUACUGUCCCACUGGCGGAUGUACGACAUGCGCCGUACCGUGGCGCCUCGAGAUUAGACGGUGUGAAAUCUUAUACUCUUGAAUCCCAGACGAGGCAAUUGGUGGGUUAUCUCCCAGCAAGAGAGGAAUGCGAUCGUUAUGUGAGAAGGUUCUUUGAAAGAUACAAUAGCCACAAUGAUAUCCUCUAUCAACCUGAUUUCAUGGUAGCCUAUCAUCGAUUUUGGAACGAUUACAAUACCAAGCAAUCCUCUCAAGUGGACCUACGUUACCUUGGCUUACUCCUCAUCGUCUUAGCUUUGGGAGUACUUUUAGACCACGACCCAUCUGAAAAAGUAAAUAGGCAAAAUCAAUUGCUCAAUCUGAGGUUGAACGAAGAGCAGAAAACAAUCGUGGAAGGAAUGAUGAAUCAUUUGGAGAAUCAGACGAUGAGCUUGAAAGAUAGAGAAGAGAAAUCGUCGAAAUGGUCUUGGGCAGCCAAGAGGGCGUUAUUGGAAAGUUCGAGCUUUUUUGGUGAAUCAAUGGAUACUGUCAGAGCUGGGUUAUUGAUCGCUCUCUACCUCAAUGUAUGUAGGAGAGUACCAGAAGCUUGGACUGCGAUUGGUACGGCGAUCAGAGCUGCCCAGGCUCAAGGUCUACAUGUUGAUGGAUCGUCUUGGAAAGGAAUGACUACAAAGGAAGCUGAGUUGAGAAGGAGGCUGUGGGCUCAGCUGUACGCAGUUGAUCGCUCUAUCGCUCUCUUCCUCGGUCGACCAGUCUGCAUCCAGGAUGGAGAGUUCACCACCAGAGAACCAGCCAAUAUGCACGACGACGAACUGGAGAUGCCAUCCAUAUUCCCUCGAGGAUUAUCUUUCCCUACCAAAACUACAUUCCUUAUCCUUCAUUAUCGCCUAGCCAAGAUCAUCGGUGAAGUCCAAUCAACAUGUUUCAACCUCAAUCCGCGAAAGUAUUCGGAUGUACAAGAAUGUGAAGAGAUGUUUUUGAGAUUCAAAGAAUCAUUACCGCCACAUUUUAAAUUGGAUAGAGAAGGAACAGAUUUCACGUUGGACGAUCAACAAGGGUACAAUUGGCUACCUAUCCAAAGACAAACGUUGAAUGCGAAAUUCCAUUUGGCCAGGAUAUCUCUACAUCGCCCGUACCUCCUCAGAUCACUCGGUAGAAGCAAGUCCAGAAAGGUGAACCCUUAUAUAAGAAGCAGAGAUGCUUUAUUGCAUUCUGCUACCGCAGAUCUGCAAUUGAGGUUCAUGUUCAAUGAGCUCGACCCGCUCGAUAGAUUCAAGUGGAUGACUGUGGCAUCAGGAUUCAAUUCCGCCACUAUCCUCGGUAUCCUCUGCCAUCUAGGCUACAAAGAUUCACGAUUCCCGAAAGGUUCGUUGAGAUCGAUGAUCCAGGCUUACAUCGCUCUCGAAGAAAAGACUAUCCGAAGGGACGAAGCUUUGGAAACUGAAUUGAUGGUCUUGAGACUGAUGGAAGCUAAAGCUUUAGCGAGAGAAGACAUGGAUCUGAGGAGUGGGAGGACCACUCCUGGUUCUCAUGGUUCUAUCGUUGGGAAUGAACCUAAAUUGAUGGUCCAGAUCAAUCAGAGUAGAUUCAUGCCUCCACCACCACAAAUACCUGUGGUGGACAAUCAACCUCGAUCUACUACAUUGGGAUCUCGCCAACAUCGACUCCAACAUCCACAGUCGAGAGUCGACAUCACCACGGAUUUAUCGGCAGACAUCAAUACGUCUAACGAUAUUUGGUCGUCUUCCGCACCUGUCCAUGUUGAGCCUAUGGCAGACUCAGCUCGAGAUCGACUUCGACCUGGAACGGGACAUGGAAUACAUUCUGAGAAUGAGAAUGAUACUCUACUGCCAUACGAUUUAAAUUCGCAAUACGAUCCAACGAACGUGCAUUUACCGACCCCCUUACCACAUUCUUCAUCUACUCCCUCACUGUCCACUGCACUGGGUCUAACGAAUCACAAUCACAAUAAUACAUAUAACGACAAUCCCAAUCAGAACACACAAGGCGAUGAUACCCGAAGGACACAAAACGAUAACGAAUGGUAUUUACCUUCCGAUUGGGAUCCUACGACAUCCGGCUUGCCCGAUUCGUCCGACCCCUCUGCAUGGCAGGCUCUGCUGGGUAUGGAAUGGAUGAAUAACCUUGAUCUAGAUAUGGAUCUGGACAUAACGGAGGGGGAGAAUACAGGUAGUUUGAUAGCUCCCCUGGGACAAGGUCAGGCUCAGAAUGGACAAGAUAGGGAUGGACAUGGGCUUUGA